AUGCCUUUGCCCAAAUACUGCAGCCUGCCCACAACCCUGAAGGCCCCUGGCUGGGACCAUGCUGCUCCACCCUGGGACCUCUCCUUCGCCUGCCCCUUCGCCCUCCGAACGCCCUGGCUCACAAGGCACCACCCCCUCACCAGGUGUGCCUCUUAUCACCCGUGUCUCCACUGUGCUGACCCAGUAUGGCAGCGGCCUGGCUGGCUGGGCAGAGCUGGAGAUGCUGCUGACACAUGGGUCCUGGCAAGAUGGGAACCAGAUGGCUUCUAUUACCGGGCUCAGAUAAAGGCCGCUCCAGAGUUGGAGAGGCAGGGGACACUGCUUGUGGAAUAUGAGGGUCCCCUAGGCCCGAAGCUGCCGGCCCAGCAGCAGAGUGUGGUCUUAGAAGAAGAUGUCAUUCGGCUCUCACCAUCUGUAGGGUAUGCACUACACCUGGGGGACAAGGUGCUCGCACCCUGGGAGCCAGACCAGCAGCGAUAUGGCCCUGGAACUGUUGUCAGGGGCUUGGAGACGAGAGACUCUCAGAGAGCAUCAAAGGAAGAAGAAAUCACGGUUCACUUCUGGAAUGGCAGAACAGCUAAAGUGCCUCUAGGUGGCGUCUGGUGGGUGCCCACUGCUGUCUGGAAGAGGGCUGUGGAGAAGCUACCCAAGCCUUUCGCCAGGGAGCACCCCAGGGCCCUCCACAGGGCCUCUUGCUGCUCUCUGCUGGGGUCAGCCACCGGAUGCAUCGCGAGCGGGCUUCCUCUGGGCACUCCGUUCCUGUGUGCGCCUUGCCACCCCCACACAUGCUGCCAGCUGCUAUGCCAGGGCUGCCUGUGCUGUUGCUCCUUGGCUGGUCCCUCCUGGUGGCCUUCAGCCCGGACCUCACAGGUCACAGCUGGAGAACUUCCAAAGUCAGAGCUGAGUCCCACAGUACAGCUUUUGCCCCUGGAGGGUCCCAAAGAAGAGGAAGUAGCAGUGCCUGCUCCCGUGGCUCUUUCUUCUUCUUCUUCCUCCUCCUCUUCCCUCUCCUCUUCCUCCUCUGAAGAAGAUGCUUUGGAGAAUGAUCUGGAAAUGGGCCUUUCCCAGAGACUGAUGGUGAACAGUGCAGUCAACACAGACCCCAUCCUUCUAGAGGAGUCUCCUAGGCAGAGGGGUCUCUGCAAGCCCGAGUGGAGGUAUUGGAGGAGAAAUGGGCCUGAGCCGCACCCUAGGAAGCCAGGAACAAGAGGUUGCAACAUCUGGAAUGAAGAGAGAGAGAAACAAGAGAGAGUACAAAUUGUGGGAGUGAAGAUUCCCAAGGAGCUGGCCCGGAAAGCCACCAACACAAAGCCACCACAGACCCUGCCAGAGGAAGCUGAACACAGAAAACUCAAUCAGGGCGUUGUGACACAUAAGAGAGACAAAAAUUCCCCCUAGACCGAAGUCCUGAGGAUGUAGGUAAAGCUAAAUGCCUGGGAAGGGGCUUAUGUAUUCCUUCCAUAGUUCCUAUACCUUUUUGGGGUUACACUCCCUUUGAGAAUGACCCUAGGCCCCUCCAGAAAAAUGCACAAUUUUGCAUAUAAUUUCAGAAGGCUUACAGAGCCCAUGAAGUUUAUAAUAGGCUUCUUGGGAGUGCAAGGAUCCCCAUUCAAAUGACCUGCCCUAUGGUUUGGGGCAUGGGUCUGCUUUACAAUGCCCUUUGAAUAUAGGACUCUGUUCCUCACCAGGAAUAUUAAUAUAACUCUACUUAAAACUUUGUUUUCCUCAUAUAAAAUACUGGCACUUUUCCUGAACACAGAAUUAUUACCCUCAAUAUGAGAUGAAUCACCGGCAACUAAACUGGGAGAUAUAACAAUAUUGGUGGUAUGGUAGUUAAGAAAUGUUUGGGAUACACUAAUGAUUUUUUAAAAUCAAUGGCUUUUUAAAAAUU